GUCAACAAGUUUUAAAAUUUAACGGUCAAAAACGUACAAGAUUCGGUGAAAGAAGUUUACCCGCAUCAAAAACGUUUAAAAUUGGUUAAUAAUUGCAAUUAAUUGUGGCGAUGUAUCAACCAAAAGUUCCACGAAAAUUAACGAGAAGAGAAAAAACGAAUUUAUCCUCUGGUUCGGAAAGUGAUAAAAACAAAGAGCAAGUUCAUGUUUAUUGUAGAUUAAGACCUUUAUUAGACGAUAGAGAUCAACCGUGUGUCGAUAUAGUAUCUCCAACGGUUGUUUCAAUCAUUUCCCCUCCGGAUAAGAUCUCGAGAGAUUCCCAACAUGUGUUUCAUAAAGUUUUUGCACCAGGAUCAACACAAAAAGAGGUUUUUGAAACUGUCGCUUAUCCCAUGAUCGAGGAUCUUUUGCAAGGUAAAAAUGGGUUGUUGUUUACUUACGGCGUAACAGGAUCCGGUAAAACAUACACCGUAUCAGGAGAUUACAAAGAUCCGGGGUUAAUUCCACGAGCUAUUAACACUUUAUUUAACACAAUCUCUAAUUAUCAAGCUACUAAAUAUCUCAUUAAGUCGGAUAAAAUGAAUGGAUUUGAAAUUCAAACCGAAAAAGACGCCGCAAACGAUCGAUUAUUAGAAUCGAAAUCAAGUUCUUCAGGAUCUUUAAAGCGAAAAGUCGCAGAACAAAGAAAUUUUAGUUACGCCAACGACGAAAUGCGAGUUAAUAAUUUUAAUGAUAAGAAUCUUUACUCUGUUUUUAUCUCGUACGUUGAAAUUUACAAUAAUAUCGUUUUCGAUUUGUUGGAUGAAGCCGAUGGGAAAACUCUUCAAAGUAAAAUAUUACGGGAAGAUUAUUUAAAGAAUAUGUACGUAAAUAACAUGGUUGAAAUUGAAGUAAAGUCGGCAAUGGCCGCUUUUGAAGUUUUACACAUGGGGCAAAAAAGGAAACGUGUCGGACAUACCUUAUUAAACGCUGAAUCAAGCAGGAGUCACUCCAUUUUUAAUAUACGCGUUGUUCAGCUUGAAAAGGAAGUUCCAGGGCAGGUGGGAUUAAUUCCUGAAACAAAUUGCAUGAAAAUUGGGCAAUUAAGUUUGGUUGAUCUUGCUGGAUCGGAAAGAUGUAGCCGAACACAAAAUACUGGAAUGCGUCUAAAAGAAGCAAGCAGUAUAAACAACUCGUUAAUGUCUUUAAGAGCUUGUAUGGAAAUUUUGCGCGAUAACCAAAUAAAUAACGCGAAUCGCUUGGUGCCUUACCGCGAUACUCGCCUCACCUUGUAUUUUAAAAAUUAUUUCGAAGGCGAUGGCCGAGUCCAAAUGAUCGUUUGCGUCAACCCAUCAGGAACCGAUUACGAAGAAAACCAACAAGUGAUGAAAUUCGCCGAAAUGAGCCAAGAAGUUAAAAUUAACAAAGGCGUCUCGAGGUACACCCCAUACGGGAAGAUACAAAAAAUCAAAAACACCCCUCAAACCCCAGCUACGGUUAUAAAAGUCGCAAAUUCAGCCGCAGUUUGUUUCGGACCAGAAAUACCCAAGUUAAAAUUAAAUUUCAACGAACCAGAUGAAUGUUUACGUACAUUGAAUAAUUUAUUAUGCAUUUUAAAAGCGAGAAAAGAAGCUUCAGCCCCUUAUAAACGUCAAUGUAAACGAUUAGAACACGAAUUUAGGAACCGCCUGGUUGAAUUUGAAAAAGAUAACAUUUUAGCGAAAUCAGAAAUAAAAAGUUUGAAUACAAUGAUUAAAUUAGAACAAGAUAAAAUAGCCGAUUUAGAGGUGAAAACGAUUGAUUUGAUGACGAAACAAAACAAUUUAAUGGCUAAAGAAGAAGAUUAUAAAGAAGAUAUUAGAAAUUUGCAAAAAAUUAUCGAUCAAAAAGAUUUAAGAAUAAACAGAAAUUAUUUAGAACAAGAAAGGGUGAAACAAAAAAUUGAAUUAAACAAAGAAAAACAAUCGCAAGAAUUAGACGAUUGCCUGCGUCGUCAACGCGAAGAAUUCAACACCCAAAUGAUUACAAAUCAAAUAAAAUUAAGCAAAGUUAAACAACUCCUCGAAAACGAUUUUUACCCCGAAAGUCCCACCCAAAUUAAUCAACACAUCGGCGAAACUCAAACCACAAACAUUCAAACUUACGAAUCCGAAGUUCAAACUUUAGAUAAUUUCGAAGAAUUUUUAAAGAAUCGUUCAGCGAGAAGUCGUGAAACGACGAGCGGGGGGUGUCGAAGGCGUUCGAGAUCCGCGGGGGGCGUUUGGUUGGAACAUAACUCGGUUAAACCACUUCCUUUGGGGACCGUUUUACAACCAGCGAUGAAAAAACGAAAAUCUGUUACUAAGCUGAAAAAAGCUAGUGAUGUGACCAAUACGAAACAAUCAAAGUAUUGUUUAAUUGCGCAAGAACAGGAUUCGGCGGGCGAAUUGGAGACGAAAGUUUAUAAAGCCGAUAUUUUACCAACUUGUAGCGGUGGCGCUCAGGUGGUAUUUAAUGACGUUGAAAGGUUGAAACAAGAAAGCCCAACGGGGACUCCACAAAAAUGAGUUUGUAUUUACGAUGUUUUAUUAUUUGUUUGCUUAUUUAUUUAAAUAAAAGCAAUAUUUUUAAAAGGAAA